UUAGCGGACGGUCAGUUUCGGGCGCCCGUUUCUUUCGUUCUUCCGCUCGGCGCUCGCUCUCGUGCGGAGCCGCGGCCGCCUGCCCAGCGUCCCUGCGGGUCCGCGGCGCAGCGCCAUGUCGGAGCCGGGCGGCGGCGGCGGCGAGGACGGCUCGGCCGGCUUGGAGGUGUCGGCGGUACAGAACGUGGCCGACGUGUCGGUACUGCAGAAGCACCUGCGCAAGCUGGUGCCGCUGCUGCUGGAGGAUGGCGGCGAGGCCCCGGCUGCGCUUGAGGCGGCGCUGGAGGAGAAGAGCGCCCUGGAGCAGAUGCGCAAGUUCCUGUCGGACCCCCAGGUCCACACGGUCCUGGUGGAGCGCUCCACGCUCAAAGAGGAUGUUGGUGAUGAAGGAGAAGAGGAAAAAGAAUUCAUUUCCUAUAAUAUCAACAUAGACAUUCAUUACGGAGUUAAGUCCAAUAGCUUGGCAUUCAUUAAACGCGCUCCAGUAAUUGAUGCAGACAAACCAGUGUCUUCUCAGCUCCGAGUCCUCACGCUCAGUGAAGACUCACCAUAUGAAACCUUGCAUUCUUUCAUUAGCAAUGCGGUGGCUCCUUUUUUUAAGUCCUAUAUCAGAGAGUCUGGCAAGGCAGACAGGGAUGGUGAUAAAAUGGCUCCUUCAGUUGAAAAAAAGAUUGCAGAACUUGAAAUGGGGCUCCUUCACUUGCAGCAGAAUAUUGAAAUUCCAGAGAUCAGCCUGCCAAUUCAUCCCAUUAUUACAAAUGUUGCGAAACAGUGUUAUGAACGUGGAGAAAAGCCAAAAGUUACAGACUUUGGAGAUAAGGUUGAAGACCCAACUUUUCUCAAUCAGUUACAAUCAGGAGUUAACCGCUGGAUCCGAGAAAUUCAAAAAGUGACCAAACUUGAUCGAGACCCUGCCUCAGGAACAGCCUUGCAGGAAAUUAGUUUUUGGUUAAACUUGGAACGUGCACUAUACCGUAUACAGGAGAAGCGAGAGAGCCCGGAAGUUCUCCUCACUCUGGAUAUCUUGAAACACGGCAAGCGUUUCCAUGCCACUGUCAGUUUUGACACCGACACAGGUCUAAAACAGGCUUUGGAAACUGUGAAUGACUACAAUCCUCUGAUGAAAGAUUUUCCUCUGAAUGAUUUGCUGUCGGCCACUGAGCUGGACAAAAUAAGGCAGGCACUUGUUGCAAUUUUCACCCAUUUGAGAAAGAUCCGAAACACAAAAUAUCCCAUUCAGAGGGCACUGCGUUUGGUGGAGGCAAUUUCAAGAGACUUGAGUUCUCAGUUACUCAAAGUAUUGGGCACCAGAAAAUUGAUGCAUGUUGCUUAUGAAGAAUUUGAAAAGGUUAUGGUCGCAUGCUUUGAAGUCUUUCAGACUUGGGAUGAUGAAUAUGAGAAGCUUCAGGUGUUAUUGAGAGACAUUGUCAAAAGAAAAAGGGAAGAAAAUCUGAAAAUGGUGUGGCGAAUCAAUCCUGCUCACAGGAAGCUCCAGGCCCGCCUUGACCAAAUGAGAAAAUUUCGACGCCAGCACGAACAGCUGAGAGCGGUCAUUGUCAGGGUCCUGAGGCCACAGAGAGAGACACAGUGAGAGAGGAAACACAAGCAGGAG